GUAGGGCUGGUUGCUUGCCGGUGACUGGGAGAGCGGCUGCGGGGCGAAGAGGAGAGACACCCGGGUAGCUGAGCGCACAGGCAAGGCCUCAGGCCUGGAACUCGCCGGCAGAAUGAGUCUGCAGAUUUUAAAUGGUGAAAACAUCAGCGAUGAUCUAACGGCAGAAAGCUGUUCCUUCCUUUUCCCGUCACCAGAGUCCACAGGGAGACCUUCUAUCCUUCGUCCAUCACAGAAAGAAAAUCUGCCACCAAAAAGUGUAUCAAAAGCUAUGAAGGUAACUUUUCAAACUCCUAUGCGGGAUCCUCAGACUCACAGAAUCCUGAGUCCUAGUAUGGAAAACAAACUUGAGACUACUUUCACACUAGAUGAUUGUACUGAAGUUCUAGGAGACCUUCAUCUGUCUGAAUCCAACAAUGCUGCAAAUCAACAAGCAACUGAAUUUGAGAUUAAGACUACUAGAGAAAAUGAACAAGUGCAGGAGGAAGCCAGUGUCACUCCUUAUCCAGACGAUGAGAUGCCAGUGAAAAGCUGUGGUACAUACAGCAUUGAUUUUGAUAACUUAAACAACAUCAAUCCAUUCCAGAGUUCCUCUCAGAUGCAGAAUUCUCAUGAGAGCCUAAAAAAGUCUGCUAUAUUAUCUAGCAACCCUGAAAAGGUUUCUGAGAAAAAUGAUACAAAUUCUCUGUCACUGGAUGAAACACUUCCUGUUACUUCCCCACUGACUGCUGCAGUGUCCGAGAGAACAAAUCUAAAUGCAGACACCCUUAUUGGUGUGACAAAAGAAACUGUUUCCAUGGAUGUAGUAAUGUCAGGUAAUGAAUCCAAACCAAUUCCUAAUGACACUGACCAGGAUAUAAAGACCACCUCUGAAGUCAGCAAAACCAAUUCUUCCAAUGGAUCAACACAAACACAGAACUCUCCACUACCUGUUCAAGGGUCCUACAGCCUUGAUCCUAACAGCGCUGAUGUAACACAUACUUUCAAAACUAGUGGAUUAAAGCUACAGAAUUCCCCAGUAGCAGAAAGAACUUCAACAAAAGAGUCAAAGCCUGAAGAACAGGCUAGUUUCUCCAAGGCUGAAUCUGUAAAACUAGAAUUUGACUUCACUGAUAACGCAUCUAGUAAAAGGCCACCUCCUAGGAAACUAGGCAAAAGACCUGGAAUUAAGCCUCCUUCCAAGAAAACUGCUAUAGCUCUAGGGAAAACACUGGAGAACUCAGAGGCAAAAAGCAAGAGUAAAACAGAAAAUGAAACUCCUGUUUCCAGUGCAUCUUAUAACUUUGACUGGGAAAAAUUUGAUGAUCCAAAUUUUAAUCCAUUUGGAGGAGGUUCCAAAGUUUCUAGCUCACCCAAAUGCCCUAAACCCAACACUGAAAAAGCUAAUCAGCAAGAGGAACAGGAUAGCACCUUACCAAAAAGGGAAUCUCUUCCAACAGAGCAGAUUAACAGAAUUGUUGCAGAUGAGACUGCUGAAGAAAUAGUGCCUGAAACUCAUAACUUCCCUGAAGAAAAACCAAGCGAAGAUGAAGACAAGUCUGUAGUUCAAGCAAAAAUUGAAGAGGAAUCUACAAGAGAACUAACUAUGGAGAAAAAAGCAAGCUCAAAUACUUCACCAGUUAAUGCCCACAGUCAAGAUAACUUGCCUUUAAUUGGCAGUGGAACAUCCCUUUUGGCUGAUCAAGAACAUGAAGCCAAUUGCAAGAAAACUGAAAUGGCAGUUGAUAUAAAUGAUCCAACAGUAGUCACUGAGUCUGAAGAGUACUUUAGACCCUCAACUGAAGGUAAGAGGCGCUGCAACAGAACUGGACACACAUGCUGUUAAAACAGCUCUGUAUGC